ACUAUGCCCCAGACGCCAAUAUUUUCCAGCAUGCUUGGUUCCAGUUGUAGUGGACAAGUGCAGCCAGAUAUGGGAGAGAGGUGUGUGGACCCUGUUUAUCAGGAUGGGAACCUUGUUUCUGGGUCACUGGAGGCCUUGAUAGAGCGCCUGGUGCCCACCAUGGACUAUUAUCCAGAUAGGACUUACAUCUUUACUUUCCUAUUGAGCUCAAGAGUCUUCAUUCACCCACACGAGCUCCUGGCUAAAGUGGGGCAGAUCUGCCUUAAACAGAAGCAGCAGCUAGAAACGGGGACUGAGGCAGAAAAGGCAAAGCUAAAAUCCUUCACUGCCAAAAUCAUUCAGCUCCUGAAGGAAUGGACUGAAACUUUCCCCUAUGAUUUCCAAGAUGAAAAAUCCAUGAAAGAGUUGAAGGAGAUUGCUCACAGGAUCACACAAUGUGAUGAGGAAAACGGAACAGUGAAAAAGAUCAUUAGCCAAAUGACACAGAAUCUCCUGAUGGCCCUCUCCGCACGGAGCCAGUACCAGGAAAUCAGAGAGAAAUUCCGGCAACCUGUUACCGACAAAGGCACCAUCCUCAAAACCAAGCCACAGUCAACUCAAAAGGAUAUCCUGAAUGUGUGCUGUGACCCUCUGAUCUUGGCACAGCAGCUGACCUAUAUUGAACUGGAAAGGGUGAGCAACAUUUACCCAGAGGAUCUGAUGCAGAUUGUCAGCCACAUGGACUCCCUGGAUAAUCACAAGUGCCGAGGCGAUGUAACCAAAACCUAUAAUUUGGAGGCCUAUGACAAUUGGUUCAAUUGUCUCAGCAUGCUGGUGGCUACAGAGAUUUGUCGGGUUGUAAAGAAAAAGCAGCGUACAAGAAUGGUGGAAUUUUUCAUUGAUGUGGCAAGAGAAUGCUUCAAUAUUGGAAACUUCAACUCAAUGAUGGCUAUUAUCUCUGGCAUGAAUUUGAGUCCUGUGGCACGGCUAAAGAAAACUUGGUCCAAGGUCAAAACAGCCAAAUUUGAUGUUUUAGAGCAUCACAUGGAUCCAUCCAGCAACUUUUGUAAUUACCGCACAGCCCUGCAAGGAGCAGCACAGCGAUCUCAGACUGCCAACAGCAAUCGAGAGAAAAUAGUCAUCCCAGUUUUCAACCUGUUUAUUAAAGAUAUCUACUUUCUGCACAAAAUACAUACGAACCGCUUGCCCAAUGGGCAGAUAAACUUCAAGAAAUUCUGGGAAAUUUCGAGACAGAUUCACGAUUUCCUGACAUGGAAGCAGGUUGAGUGCCCUUUUGAAAAAGACAAGAAGAUCCAGAGCUAUCUACUCACAGCACCCAUUUAUAGUGAAGAAGCUCUGUUCAUUGCAUCCUUUGAAAGUGAAGGUCCAGAAAACCACAUGGAAAAAGACAGCUGGAAAACACUCAGGACAACUCUGCUUAAUAGAGCCUGAGAUUUUUUGAUCUGAUCUGCAGACUUUGAAGCACAUUGAAUGAACAUGUUUUUACAACCUGAAAGACUUGGACUGAGCUAAGAAAGACCUCACUGGCUGAGGUCUCUUUUGUAUAUACAGUAACUUUUAUGAAAUAAAAUGUGGUAAAUAUUUCACAUGUCAACCUUAAGGCACUUAAGUGAAGGGUUUUGGUUUUUUAUUUUAAAU